AUGUCCUAUCAGCCUCCUUGGAAAGUGGAGGUCUUUCUGGACUGCCAGGAGGGCAUUGUUGCCUUCUUCAGUGCUAGGGAGAUGUCCCACCUCUUCACCUUCCACCAAGUCUCUGCAGAGAGAUACUGCCCCUUCUUCAGCACCUGCUUCAGGAUGGGAGGGAAAACAUGGUGCCUAUGUACCUCUGUUGCCUCACCCUGUGAGGGACAAGGAGGAAUAGGGUGCUUUGGGGACACGAAGCCUGGCUCCUGGUCACUGCCUGGGGCUAUGCUGGACGCCAGUUCUGCACACGUGGACCUGGGAGGCACAUAUGAAAUCCCAGAUUCAGAAGGUGACAUGCCAUAA